UGUGGUGGACAGAGCUCGGCAGGACCUCUGAUGGGGAUGCGUCAUUUAAGGCUUCCCCAAGAAGUUCAUCUUCUUAGAACUUAUUUUUUGGACCUAAGACUUAUCUUUUUCAACGGGAAAAUACAUAGUACGACAUGGUCAUCAAAGUAAGACGCUUGUAGAGAAGAAUAUCGGUUGUAAAUCAAGGCUCUAAGUCACGUGUAUCCGUUCCCGACGCAACUUCUAUGCGAAAUGGUAUGAGUUGCGGUGCGAAGGAAGUGCCGUCAGUAAAGGUUUUCAAGGUGACGCGAGCACCGCAACUGACCCUAGAAUUCACAGAUUCAGUCAGCUAUUCCAUGGAUUGUCUUGGUGCAGAUUUUGCGGAACAGGGUGUCUUGGUCGGAAAAAUAGUCAGGUUCGACGAAGCAAACUCAUUGGCGUUGGUGAGGACUUUUUGUUAUGAAGAGGACCGAACGGAAAAUAGGAUCAACUGACUCUGACAGAAAGCAAAGGAAAUAUUUCUUAGAAACAUACUUACACAAAUAAGAGAAAAGAGGCGAACAAACAAUGAUGUUGAGGCGAACAAACAAUGAUCAUGAGUACAAAAAAAGUCUCAACCUCUAACUCGCCAAAGGAGAGAGCGACGUGGACAGUGCCAACGAAGAGUUCAUCAUCAAUGCAGCAGAAGCUCAAGCAGAUCCUUCCUUUCCCUCAAGUAGCGGCAAGGACUUCUUCCGAUUUACAAUGUCCAUCGAGGGUAUGCCGAUCACUGUCAC